GUCGCCCAGAGGUGACGCAGGCGGCCCCGGGCUCCGUUCAGUCAGUGAGGCUCAGGCGGAGCAGGCAGCAUGAACAGAGCGCACCGGGCGGCGGGCGGCAGCAGCAGGAGUCUGGGGGCGGUGGAGGUGAAGAGCAAGUUUGGAGCGGAAUUCCGCCGUUUCGCCCUAGAACGGUCCAAACCGGGCAGAUUUGAAGAAUUCUAUGGAUUGCUUCAACACGUGCAUAAAAUUCCAAAUGUGGAUGUUCUGGUGGGAUACGCGGACAUUCAUGGGGAUUUAUUACCCAUAAAUAAUGAUGAUAAUUACCACAAAGCGAUCACUACUGCAAACCCAAUACUGCGGAUUUUUAUUCAAAGAAAAGAAGAAGCAGAUUACAGCGCCUUUGGUACGGACACCUUGACCAAGAAGAAGACGGUACUUGCGGCUGUGUUGCGGCAAGACCUCAACAGGAAGAAACCCCACGUAGUCAUCGGAAUGCCAAGAGACUUCCGGCCAGUGUCCUCUAUCAUUGACGUUGACAUUCUCCCAGAAACACACCGCAGAGUCCGACUUUACAAGCAUGGGAUGGAAAAACCGCUCGGGUUCUACAUCCGUGAUGGUUCAAGUGUUCGUGUGACACCACACGGCUUGGAGAAGGUGCCUGGGAUUUUUAUAUCAAGGAUGGUUCCUGGUGGUCUGGCUCAGAGCACUGGAUUAUUAGCUGUCAAUGACGAGGUUUUGGAAGUCAACGGCAUAGAGGUAUCUGGGAAAAGCCUUGACCAAGUUACGGACAUGAUGAUCGCAAAUAGCCACAACCUAAUCAUAACAGUGAGGCCAGCAAACCAGCGGAAUAAUAUUGUUCGAAACAGCAGGAACUCUGGGAGUUCAGGACAGUCUACCGACAGCAGCACCAGCAUGUACAGUAACAUGGCAGCACAACCUAUUGUACAGAAUUAUCACCCAGAGGAGGUAGAAAGUGAUGAUGAGGACAUUAUCAUCGAGGGCUCCGGUGAACCUCAGACCAUCCCCAGAGCCGCACCCAGCGAGAGUAUGGAAUCUUUAACACAGUUAGAUUCGUACCAUGAUUCCUCGCAAAAUGGCUUUAUUCCAUCAAACAACUUCAACGCACAAAUGAGCGCCAGCGGGGAAAGCCUCGAACAAAUUACACAUCUCCACGAGCGUAAGAUCUUGGAAGAAGAUGGUACAAUCCUUACGCUGUAAACUGUGACUGGCACUACGACACCUGAUAACUGCUGGUCGAUUGCACAUCUUAUUUCUUAAAAGUUGAUCUGUGUGACAUUGUAUACAAAACCUUUUUUUUAUUUUAAAUUGAGCCGCAUAGUUUAACUUUUUUUUUCUUCUCUUUUGAUACUUCCUAUUCUGUUUUGUUAAAUGAAGGAGAAAAUAACUGUUUAUUUAUAUUUUCUUCUAUUUUUUUUUGUUUCCUCCCUCCCCUCCCCCCCCCCCCCCACCCCCCCAAAACACACAUUCCAUAGGUUAACAAAAGCCUGUAUAUGGCCGUUUGUCAGGAUUGAAGCUUGUUUUUAUUUAUUUUGUAUUUUAAUGAAAUCUCUUCAUUUUGUGAUCAUCUAGACACAAUGCACAUUAGUGCAUUUAGAUCCGUUUUCCUUGAGAUGGGUGGCUAUCCUCCCUCCCCCACCGUUACCCAGAUCUAUUAAUUUAAUUUUUGUUUAACGCUAACUGCUUGUCUUCUGGAUUUUGAUUUAAAAAUAAAUCCCUGAUAGAUUGGCAAAGACUACUCCAAGAACAAAGUAUUGGUUCCAAAGCCAUUUAAACUAUUGGGGAAAGCAGAUAGGCGAGUCUAAUUUAGAAGUCUUUUUAAAGAGGGUAAAUUUUAAAUUUUCACUUUGUCCAUCAGUUAGUCUAGUAUAAAACUGACAUGUGGGCAGCUGCUUCUCCUGCACAUGCAGUUCUAAGGUAAAUGUAUGUGACAGACUGUUCUGUAUUUUGCACAUAAACAGAUUAGAUUUUAAAAGUACUUUAUUGGAAGAUUGUGUUUCAUAAAUGGGAGGAUUUGUUGAAUGGGAUAUUGGCAAUAAUCGUUUGAAGAGUAUGAAAACUGUUUGUAUAUAAAUGUGUAUAAAUGUGUACACAGUUUCUGCUGUGUAUUUUGUUAUGAAAAUGUUAUACGCGCUUCCUGCUUGAACACUAGACCUCCUGUCACAAUGUAUAAAUAGAUUUUAUUACAAGUGUAUUCAAGGGACACUCCACUGACCAAUUACCAAACAAAUCCAAUCACGGUUUAGUAGCUAUACCUCCAGUGA